AUGGCACCCAUCACGAAGGAGGCAGACUUUGUCGUCAUUGGUGGCGGAAGCGGUGGCCUCGGUGCGGCGCGCAAGGCCUCGGCGCAGUUCGGAGCCAAGGCCAUCAUCGUUGAGAGCAAACGCCUUGGCGGCACCUGCGUCAACGUUGGUUGCGUCCCCAAAAAGGUCACCUUCAACGCCGCUGCCAUUGCCGAAACCAUCCACCACGCCAAGGCCUACGGCUUCUCUGUCAGCCACGAUAAGCCCUUUGACUGGCCGACCUUCAAGACGAAGCGCGAUGCCUACAUCCAGCGCUUGAACGGCAUCUACGAGAGGAACCUCAACAACGACAAGGUCGAGUACGUCCACGGCUGGGCCACCCUCAAGUCGCGGAACGAGGUCGAGGUGUCUCUCGACGACGGGUCCAAGGCCCUCAUCAAAGCGAAGAAGAUCCUCAUCGCCGUCGGCGGCAACCCGGCCACCCCUCCCUCCAUUCCCGGCGCCGAGCUCGGCACCAACAGCGACGGCUUCUUCGACAUUGCCAAGCAGCCCAAGAAGGUGGCCCUCGUCGGCGCCGGCUACAUCGCCGUCGAGUUUGCCGGCAUGUUCAACGCCCUCGGCACCGAGACGCACCUCUUCAUCCGCCACGACACGUUCCUGCGCAACUUUGACCCCAUGGUCCAGGAGGCCGUCACGGACGAGUACGUCCGCCUCGGCGUGCACCUGCACAAGCGCUCGCAGCCCACCAAGGUCGAAAAGGCCGCGGACGGCACCCUGUCCAUCACGUACAAGGACGGCAGCGGCAACGAGACGGUCGAGACGGGCUUCGACCACCUCAUCUGGGCCGUCGGCCGCACGCCCGCGACGCAGAACAUCGGCCUCGAGGCCGCCGGCGUCAAGCUCAACGAGCGGGGCUACAUUGUCGCCGACGAGUACCAGAACACGAGCGUCGACAACAUCUACGCCCUCGGCGACGUCACGGGCGAGGUCGAGCUGACGCCCGUCGCGCUGGCCGCCGGCCGCCGCCUCGGCGAGCGCCUCUUUGGCGGGCCCGAGUUCUCGGCCAACAAGCUCAACUACGAAAACAUCCCCUCGGUCGUCUUCUCACACCCCGAGGUCGGCAGCAUCGGCCUCACGGAGCCGCAGGCCAUCGAAAAGUACGGCAAGGACGACAUCAAGGUGUACAAGACCAAGUUCACCGCCAUGUACUACGCCAUGAUGGAGCCAGAGGACAAGGGCCCCACGGCGUACAAGAUCAUCGUGCAGGGCCCCAACGAGAAGGUCGUCGGCCUGCACAUCCUCGGCCUCGGCAGCGGCGAGAUGCUGCAGGGCUUCGGCGUCGCCAUCAAGAUGGGUGCGACCAAGGCCGAUUUCGACAGCUGCGUCGCCAUCCACCCGACCAGCGCAGAGGAGCUUGUCACGAUGAAAUAG